UGACGUCACUUCCGGGUGCGCCCUGGAGAGCGGCCGCUCAGCCCAGCCCACAUAAACAACAACCCGGGGCAAGACGCGGGGAGAUGGCGGAGUUAUCGCUCUAUCUCACCAACGUGAACGUGUCUCUGGGACAGAACAUGGACGUGGAGAAGAACCCGGGCGUCGGGAAGGACUUCGAAAAUGUGGAGCUUGGGGAGCUGGGGAAGAAGACGACGACGGUGCAGCAGCAGCAGCAGAAGGUGCCCCGCCGGAUCAUCCACUUCGCCAGCGGGGAGACCAUGGAGGAGUACAGCACGGACGAGGAGGACGAGGCGGAGCCGGAGGAGAAGGAUCUGCUGCCGGCUAUGGACCCGUCGAAGCUGACCUGGGGACCCUACUUUUGGUUCCAUCUGUGGAGAGUUGCCACUUCAACGAUAUCGGUGUGUGACUAUCUUGGAGAGAAGAUGGCUUCACUCUUUGGUAUAACCUCACCUAAGUACCAGUAUGCCAUCGAUGAAUACUACAGGGUGAAGAAGGAGGAGGAGGAGGAAGAGGAUGAGAACCGCAUGUCCGAGGAGGCAGAGCGGCGCUUUGAGGAGCAGCAGAAGCAGGAGAGCCAGGAGCCGCACACGGAGCAGCCAGAGGGGGGGUCCGCGUCCUUCGUCAACGUCACCUUCGAGCUGGAGAAGGAGCCCCUCUCCGUUCCAGAGAGCACCCGCGUUCCUGCUCCUCUGCCCACUUAACCCGCUAUUAAAGACACAACAGAUCCCCUCGUAAUGACCUUUUUGUACCUUUUCAGCAUUGCUUGUUUGCAUGGGUUCGCUUGACUAGACUUCUGUUUGUACAGUAUAUGUGCCACAUUUGAAACACCAAACCAAUCGUUAGAUACUUCCAGCAGGAUACCUUAAUUGUUUAAAAAAAUGUGAGAGAUCCCAUAUGAGUAAAUGUUACCCUAAAAGGCUAUUUAUACUGCACAGAGAUACAUGCCUUGGUCAAAUGUAUCUCUGUUAAAAGGUUUUAGAAUUCCAGUGGCCUUUACACAGGAAACCUAAGGAGUUUCUAUGAGAUGGGGGCUAAAUGGCAGUCAGAUGCUAUUCACAAAUAUACAGUCUUAUGUCUGUAUGUUAUGCGUGUCUGGAUACCUUAAUGAAAUUUUAUAUAAGAAGUACCCAGUAGUAAACAUGUUUUACUAGAAAUGUUUUGUGCACUGAUAAACCGAGGUUUAUCAUUUCAAACCUUGUCACUUCAAGGUUAAUUAGAGCAUACAGUUUCUGUAAGGCUGUGUUUUUAAACAUCAUUUGGGAUCCUAGGGAUGCUUAUAAAAAAACUUCUGUACUUUCAUCACAAAAGUAGAAAUGGCAAUAUUGCAGAACUCAUCGUUUGAAAGGUGUAUUCUUGCAAUGACCAGGUGUCCAAAAUCUUCAUUGAUUUUGUACUGUCAAUUACCAAAGCAGUUGAAUGGUAGGAUGCCUUCAUUUAGACCUGACUGGAUAGUUUGAACACUCGUGAUCUUCACAGCAUUCAUGCAGGGGCUCUUUGAAAACGGAUGAAGGUCAUGCAUGAUCUGAUUUGACACCAUCUGUACUACAGUGGGAGAUCUAUAUUAGACACCUGGCUAUUUAGAAUAUGUAAGUAAUCAGUAAUUAACAGCUGCAUUACUAAUGUUAUGACAGCCUUCUAUGUGAGGGUAAUGUUUCUGACAUGCACUGUGAUAUACCUCGGACAUCUCCUGUUGCCUAUUAAUUCACAUGUUACAUGUGGUAUUGUUUAAUAUGAACUAUAGCUGUCUAAAAGGGAAGCAUUAAUUGUUUGCAGAAAUGGUCUGAUAUAGUAUAUCAAGAGUGAAGCGUUUAAACCAGGACUAGCUGUUACUCCUGCAAUUGGUGGAUUCAUCCUUGUUCUUACCAUGGAUUUCGUAUCUAAACUCCAUUCAUACAGACAAAACAUGAUACCCAGGCUGCAUAACCUUUACAAAACAUGGCCUUAAUUGUAUACUAUGAUAUUUUCAUUUAAUAAGUACAUUGUCUUUAUUGGAUGAUUUAGACUUUUCUCAGUGCUACUUUAGAAGAUUUUGCAGCAUGUUUAGACUUUGGCAAAACAGGCGCAGCUCCUUUUAAAUUGAUUUUAAAUCCCACAGCUAGCCUUGGCAAGUCCUGGAUUAAGCAACUAAAUUUCAGAAAGCGAAGGUCUAGUGGAACCUGGUCUACAAUUGCAUUUAAUCUGCUGCACUACAAUUAAAACAAGCUCACUUUGUUUAUAAAA